CUUUCCCAAAUUAAUUCACCCGAAGCUUCUGUGGAUGGUUAUCUACUCUCUUCCUAACCAAGUGAAGUCUUCGAUGGCAUGACGAGGGAUUCUUCGCUGAGCUCUUAUGAUUUGCCUGAAGUGUUGAACCUCUCAGAGACUUUGGUCUGGCAGGCCACAAGUCUUACACCGAUUUCAAAAAUGAAAGUAUGAGCCCAGAUCCUGCACGGUCUCGCCGAAGAUAUUUUGUCAUAAUUUUUCUUGCCUGCUCUUUUAUCGGAUUUCAAUAUUCCUACAGCCUCAUGACAUACAAGAACCCAUCAUUUGAGCCACUUUUCGCUGUGAACUCCAGUUCUCCAUAUUUGCUCUCUCCAAAUGCUUCUAAAUUCCAAUAUCUUAAGAUGAAUGCCUCAAGAAACUCUAAACAUUCACUCAAUCUGUGUGCUGUUAUUCCUCCUAAUUUAACUGGACCGAAUACAGUAGAAAUCUACACUGAGCCUCUUGAUAAGCUUGAAGAACUUUACAAAGACAUGCCACUAAUGCCUGGUGGUCGUUUCAAGCCUCAAGACUGUAUUCCUAGGUAUAAUGUAGCCAUCAUAGUACCAUACCGGAAUCGACAAGACCACCUAGUCAGUUUCAUUCAUCAUAUUCAUCCCUUCUUACAGAAGCAGUUGAUCGCAUACACAAUUUUUAUCAUAGAACAAGCAGGCUCAGAUCCGUUCAACCGGGCAAUGCUGUUAAAUGUCGGCUCAGUUGAAGCUCUAAAGUUAGAUAGUAGUUUUGAUUGUUUUAUAUUCCAUGACGUAGACCUAUUACCAGAAGAUGAGCGUAAUCUAUACACCUGUCCUGAACAGCCGCGACAUAUGUCUGUGGCCAUAGAUGUCAUGAACUACAGAUUGCCGUAUCGAGAUAUUUUCGGUGGUGUAAGUGCCCUGACAAAAGAGCAGUUCUUGAAAUUGAAUGGUUUCAGCAACCUAUUUUGGGGUUGGGGUGGUGAGGACGAUGAUAUGGCAAAACGAAUUCGAACCCAUGGAUUUCAUAUCUCUCGAUACCCACAUAACAUAGCACGAUAUACCAUGCUCAAACACCGCAAACAAAAAGCAAACCCAAAAAGGUAUGAAAAACUGUACCUAAGCGAAAGGAGAGUUACAACAGAUGGACUGAGCUCACUCAAAUAUCGUCCUGUUGCUAUUCGCCACUCGAAGCUUUUUAUGUGGAUUUUAGCAGAGUUGACUGCGACCAGCUGAUGGAACUUUCUUGCACGUCUGCUCCCAGGCGUGCUUUAGGUAAGUGUCCUUUCUUUAGUUUAUCAUGAAUCUCAUCCUAAGCUUUGAGCCAAGGGAUUACAGUAUUCACUUAAGCCAGUUGAGCCUACAUAUCAAAAAUGUUUCAACAUUUUUUUUUUUUCAAGAAUUUCUUCCUCUUUCUAGUCGAAAUUGAGGAACCUGAAACGAUGUAACUUUGAAUGCCAAUGAUUGUUUCUGAAAGGUCUCAGAAGUCUGUGAUCAGUUUUAAUUAGUUUAAAACUUGUUAAUUUUUAAGUCGUCGGGCCUGUUCUUGAUUCGAAUUCUGUUCACCCGUAAGUUUUUACAGGUAAGCAGGGAAUUCCCUUCCAAGGAAAUUAUCACAACCUUUGUCUUGAGAAGCAAGCAUUCAGCAGAUCUCUCAAAACCUUAUGAGAGUAAAUGCUUUUAAAACUUUUAGGAUCUGAAUAUUUUCUGAAAAACCCAAAAAUAUUUGCACGAGGACUUUCGUUUUGUAGAACUUGAUGAAACUGAAAAUCAAUUGUUACAUCCAUCCAAGUUGUAAACUAACGUAGAGACACCCCUUGUGUGUGACCAUCCAAGGAAAAACAAAUCCUAGUUCAUGGAGGCAAACUUCCUCAUGACAGGGAUUUUUAUAAGGCUAGUCUGUGUAAAAAAUUAGGUAUGUUACAAGAAACACGCUUUAAUAAUCCAAUGAGUAAUUCGUGAGUGCUUGAUUAUAUUUUUGUGUCACAGCAGAGUCUGAUUUUCCGUUUUAAUCAGAGAGAGCCAAGGAAUUUUUAAUUAGAGCCAAGAAAUGCAAAGGUAUACAAUUUUUUUAAAAAAAUAGUUUUUUUUAGAACUUCACUUGUUAAUAAAAUACUAUUGUAUCAAUGCACCGUCAUUUUGUAGUUCAUUAUAUUUAUAGCCUGGUAUCCUGUCACACCCUCUCUCUGAAUUUCCAAUCGUUUUGAAAUUUAGUUUCAUAAAAUUUUACCUAAUGCGAGUCCUUUUUGUGCUGUUUUGCUCAAAUUUUCCCUGUCUUUUUGUCAUUUACUGGUAUGUACCAUUAUCUGAAUUUUUGUCAAGCAAACUUGACUAUUCUUUCUGUUAAAAUUCUAUGAAAUAAGUUGAGUUUAAUUGACCGCGACACCUAAAGAAUCUUGUACUACUUUUUACGGUGCAUUAUCUAUGUUGAAUGUUUUCUUUUUUAUUGUUAAUUGAUUACUCACUUAUUUGAUCGUGCAUCCAAUUUUACAUUUGUUUGUUACAUUAAUUUUCUCAUCUUUUUUCCUUUUUAUUUUAUUUUUUUUUUUCAAGAUCUGGUCCUAAAAGUGUAUUGUAGAAUACUAUUGUUAAAAUAAUGCUCAAUGAUCUUAAUGUUAGUUUUUAAGCUGUAUGUUUUUCAGCUCAUUUUAAGGCGGUAAUCUCAAAUCAAGACAUUCAUGUUGGCAGGUUCAUCCACAAAUAAUCUUUUAAAGUUAAGCCUCUUUCCAGGCUUGCCAUUAAGGCUUUAAUUACUUGCUGACAAUUUUUAUUCUACAUAGCAUAAAGAAAAUUAAAAUAUAAGGGGAGUGCUAAGUUUGUUUUUAAUUUACUUGUUAUCAACGACUCUUAGCUUGUGCAAUUUGUGAUGAUAUUCUUGUCAGAAGUGUCUAAAAUUAACUUGUCUUAAUUCAAUUCUAAACAGUCCCCACAGAAUUUUUUACUUAUAUUCCUCCAGUGAAUUCCAAGUUGACCAGACAUGAAAAUUUGAAGAGAAAUGGAAAAACUUGAAUAAUGCAAAGAGAUUUCGAAGUCUUAGCCUCCCCAAGAAGCUACAUAAGUAUUCAUAUAUUAUGUAUGUAACUCGAAUAGCUAAUCGAAGUUUUCUCUUGACAUUCCUCUUAAUAACGUUGUAAAAUUCACUAACAAGCUAGAUGUGCAACGUAUCUGAUUAGAGGCUGCCUAUAAAUGAGUCUGAAAUUGUUCUUUUUUAAUUUUUUUAUUCCACCGAUUUCAUGAAAAUUUUGGAACUUUAAAUAGGAAACGUCAGUAUUACAUUUUACAUAACCUCAUUUCCAGUUUCGUCCGAAUUUGAUACCUUUGGUGAAUCCAUUUUUUCUCCUGUAUUAUUUUUUUUUCAAUCAGAUUUUGUUUUGUCAUAUGUUCAUAUGUUAGUAAUAUAUUUACUUGCAAAAGUGCCUGAAUUUUCCGCCUGUAUAUAUUUAGGAUCUGGAAACUAAAUUUGCAUCACAAACAGUGCUAAUAAUUAGCAACUCUCUAAGCUGAUGACCUUUAUUGGCAAAAAUUGUGGGUAAUAAUCCUAUAUCAUUGCUCAGUUAAUUGUUUUUAUAGUAUACGCACAUUGGAUGUAUAUAUAAUUUUAAUGUCUCAAAUUUACAUGUUUGAGAUUAAAAACAUAAAAGUUGUCGUAUCUUGUACAGCAAUGGUAAUUUUGAAACUUAUUCUUUCACUGUUUUUUCAGUUUGAAAAAAAAAAAAUUCUGUUUUUAUUUUAUUUUUUAUUCUGAAUGGGAGUUAGACAAGUGCUUGUUUUCGGAGAGAAUACAAUAGCAAAGGAGAAAGAAGGGGAGGUGGAGGAAGCAAGGAAAAAUAUUUUAAAAUAAAAAAGCAAUGGAAGUGUGUUCUUAAUGAAAAAUGUUUUUCUUGACCUCAUGCCCUGAAAUUUUGAACAUUCUAUUGUCAGUUUCCUUUGCUCACCAUCCUAUCUUGCUCCUCCUGUAAAAAGAUUUAGCUACAAUAGAUGGUGUAGAUGCAUUAAGAAGAUCCAUUUAAGUUGUUUAGUGAGGUAAUCAAACAUAAUUCACCUCUCCGUAAUGCAUUUUUCGCAUGCAACAAGGCUACUCAGUUUAAGCAUUGCACCUUGUGUAUUUUGGAAGAAACACAAUAGAGCUAUUGAUUUUUUAUCAACUCUGAAGCUCAAAAAAAGCCCUUAAAGUUGAGCUGGUAAUGACAGAUGCAACCUGCACCUCAAAUGGAGUCCACCCCUAAAUGGAAAUCAAUCUCUGUCCAGCAAUAGGGCAAAGAAAUUACUGUAGACUUAGCAUUACCAUCUUAAAACUUGUGAGUUCCUACAACCUUGCUAAAGAAUUCGGCUCCAUCUCCAAAUGGAGAGUUUGAUUCAAUAUAAAGGUUGACUCUCUAAUCGGUUCAAACCACCACCUCUUUGAUAGCCUCAACUUGAAGAGCUUUUCUUGAGCUUGGAAGUUAAUUUUAAAGAAAACUAGUGGCCCCAUCAUGUCUCUGGCAAAAUUUUAAGCAAGAGUAAGUAGAAAAAUUGAAAAGUCUUGCUGCAUGUAAGACCUUCAUUAUUUAUCUUAAAAAUUGCUUGGCAUUUCACUUCCACUCCCUUUGAAUUUAAGUACCAAAAAUUCUUGGCUGUGUGACAGUUUAGUUUGCGAGAAUUUCUCACCUCCUGAAGAUCUGUUCGAUCAUUUGUUCGUUCGUUUUUCAUGCAGUUGCGUUUGUUCAUUCUGUUGAUGAUUUUAAUCUAUUGAAAUAUGUAUUUUGUAUUUAAAAUACGUGUCUGUUAGGCUAAGUCUUUAGAAUUGGUGCCAUUUAUAUUCUGUGCAAUGUACAAUUUCCAGUUUGCCAUUCGAAGAUUGAUGUCAGCAUAUUUGUGUUAAGCCGGUGAGCUACCCUUUAUGUGUAUUGAUGCAAGUUUAAGUCUACUCAACAACAGCUUUCCACCUACUUCUCAAAAUUGUCUAGUCUAGAGGUGUGAUAUUUGAUUCUGUUCUUAGUCUAGUGACUGAUCAAUGAAAUCUUUCCCUCAAUCAAACUAAAAACUGCCCAGAAAAAUAAAGAACCAAGAACCUAGAGAAAAUAAAAUGGAGGUAUUCUUUGAAGUUUUUAACACUCAUGAUUCAAGUCUAAUUUCAAGAAACGCUCCGAAAUAAUCAAAUUAAUAUUUAAUUACUAUUCCUUCUUCCAUCUUAGUUUGUAUUACCUUUGGAAAUUCAUUGAAAGUUUGCUGACCAUCUUAUUGCUGUGGAAUUAUUCUUUUGGAAUAGAUCUGUAUGAAUUUGUCCUUUUUUCGAGGAGGAAGUUUACUUAUCACUGUUGUGGAUAAAUUUUUACUCUACUCACAACAUCUCUUUGAACUUUUUGUCAUUAUUUUGUGAAACAAAUGCCGGGAUAACUGACUAUCUAAUGGAAAUUCAGUGGAGAAAGAUGAAUAUUCUGGUAACCAAAAACAAAUUCUAACCGUACAUUUCAACGAAAUCCUAGCGAAUUGCAGGGCUUUUACAUCUUUAUGUUUAAUAGAAAAUUCUUAGAUUGCCAUCAGAAUGUUGAGUCAAAAGUUUCCAGUAUUUUAUCAGGUACCUUUUAUAAAGGAAAGGUAAAAAAAAAUAAAAACCUAAAUACCACAAUUCCGUAUGCCCUUGAAAACUUUUACACCAAUGGUUUUGGGAAAUAGUUGGACGUCUACAAUUCUGUCCAAUCAAAAGCCUUUAAAAAAUAUGCCACAUUUUAGUCUCCUAACAUGCUGUGAAGUGAGGGAGGUGCAUAUCGAAAUUCCAUUCAAGCGCAUAGCACCAGCUAAAAGGUCUGAAAAUAGGUAUUUUUGCUUAGUUUUUCUUAUUCAUGAUUUAUUUACUUAUUUAUAUUUUUUAUUUGAAGAACUUCAGAUUAUCUGUUCAUUUAACUUUAUCAAACUGUUAAUAUGUAUAUUCGAAUUUAAUCUUUGGGACUUCUAUAAAAAUUUUCUCUUUUAUGUCUAACACCCAUAUCUGUGCUAUUAUACUUUUCUAAGAGCAAUUUUUACAAUAUACAUACUCCUUUAAUGAAUAGACAAGCAUAUUUGUCCUCAAUCAAAAUCAUGUAGAAACCUUCAAUUUCUUCCAUUUAUGGUUUUUCAUCCAAUACCCAUGACAUAGUUCCAUGUUAAUUUGUACUUAAAAGAUCAGUUUAUUAUCAUAGUAUUUUUCCAAGCAUUUAAAUUUUAUUGGUGUUUCAUUUGGCUGUGCUGAUUGAUUUGUUAGUAUGUAUCAUUGUCUUUCGAGCAUAGAUGAAGGAGAAAAAUGUUACGCCAACUUAUAUGACAU